CUCGCCUCCCGCCUCUUUCGGGUGCGAGACCCUCCGCCCGCCUCCCCGGCUCUCCACCUGCGCGCCUUCCCUCCCCCCCGCGCCGUCCCCUCCUCGGGCUCUGCGCCGGCGCGGUGCCCGCCAGAGCUCGAGGGGGUGCCCGCGAGGCGCAUGCGCCGUGCGGGGACCGCCGCCGCUCUGGUGUCGCUGCCGCAGCCGUUGCCGCCGUUGCCGCCUCCCUGCUGGCAAGUGUGGGAAGGAGGAGCUGAGGGCCACCGCCGCCGUUGCCGCCAUGGGGAGGAAGUCGAGCAAAGCAAAGGAGAAGAAACAGAAGCGGUUGGAGGAGCGAGCAGCCAUGGAUGCUGUCUGUGCCAAAGUGGACGCCGCCAACAGGCUUGGAGACCCAUUAGAGGCUUUCCCAGUGUUCAAGAAAUACGAUCGCAAUGGGUUAAAUGUCUCCAUUGAAUGUAAGCGAGUGUCUGGCCUGGAGCCGGCCACCGUGGAUUGGGCCUUCGACCUGACCAAGACCAAUAUGCAGACCAUGUAUGAGCAGAGCGAGUGGGGCUGGAAGGACAGAGAGAAACGCGAGGAAAUGACGGAUGACCGAGCCUGGUACCUCAUCGCUUGGGAAAACAGUUCGGUUCCCGUAGCCUUUUCUCACUUCCGGUUUGACGUGGAGUGCGGGGAUGAAGUCCUGUACUGCUACGAAGUGCAGCUGGAGAGCAAGGUGCGGCGGAAAGGCCUGGGGAAGUUCCUCAUCCAGAUCCUGCAGCUCGUGGCCAACAGCACACAGAUGAAGAAAGUUAUGUUAACGGUAUUUAAGCACAAUCAUGGUGCCUACCAGUUCUUCAGAGAAGCGCUGCAAUUUGAAAUCGACGACUCUUCCCCAAGCAUGUCCGGUUGCUGUGGGGAGGACUGCUCCUAUGAGAUCCUGAGCCGGAGGACCAAGUUUGGGGACAGCCAGCACUCCCAUUCGGGCGGGCACUGUGGUGGCUGUUGCCACUGAACUCCCAAGCUCUCUCCAAGGCCUGUUCUCUCCCCGGUUUCAAGCCGCUUGCCAGGUGCCCUCAGAGCUGUGGCCUCCUCAGCCCCAACCCUGGGGAGGAGCGGUCCGCGCCGCCCCUCCUGCUCUCUCCUAGAAGAGCAGGGUGCCGGAGGGAGCAGAGAGGAGAGGAUGCUGCCGGAAGAGCCGGCGGAGGCCGGGGCACGAGGCGCAUCCUCUCGCGGUGGCUGCCUUCUCGCUCGGCGCUCGGCCCUGAGCGUGGGUUCUCCGACUUCCCCACAGCUGGAUUCCUGACAAGACCCCCUCCCCGCCACACACACUGCUGCACAAAUGGAGUGUUUAUUCCCACCUUCAUGAAAGUCCCGGAGCCCUGGGUCAGGGUCUGGCUGGUUCCCAAAGAGGAGUGGGCUCAGUGUAAGAUCUGGGCGUAGAGAGAGUCUUCAGAGAGACUCCUGUUUCGUGGAUGGGAUGCUCCAGUGGAGACCUCAGGAAGGUCUCUUGUGCCAUGACACAGGGAAUCGAGGGAGCUCUUUCUGGCUGUGCCUUCGCGGAUCCAGUUAGAGUGGAGUCGUCCCAGGGGACCAGCCGACUCUGGGAGAAAGGCUGCCCCCUCUCCCCAUUGCUGUCAGCACGGGGCCGAGAGGACAGGAGCAGGUGUGAGUGGGGCCUGCCGUGGGGGCUGUGGCUUCUCCGGGCUUUGGGACCUGGCCGCACCCUGAGCUUAACCUCUUGAUCUCAUGGCAGUGACUCGAGAUUUUUACUCACAGAAAAGAGCUGGAGCCCUGCCUGCUCUUCUCCGUCACCUCUCACCACUGUUUCUGCCCCUGCCUCUCCCCCCACUCGAUACCCCUGUUCUUACUCUCAAGGGGGAAUAACAUCAGGGAGCCCCUUGUCUUCCCCCAGAAGGCCCCUUGCUCCUGCCAUAUUUAGUGCCGUGUCCUCUCAUAUCUUGGUGCUGUUAGCUCUCUGAAGGUGGGUACCCCCCACCGCCACUGCCCCCUUUGGAGAGCCCCCAGCCAGCAGCAGCCCCUUCCUGCACUCCCCAGCCUGGCCAGACGCUGCUCUUCUCUCUGGUGUCACCUGCGGCAGACGGGGCGCGGGAGAAGCUUCCUCUCCCCUCCUGGGAUAGAGAGGGCGCAGGGUCAGAGCUCAGACUUGCCCUCAUCCCCAGACCGUUAUCCCCUUCCAGGGAAGAAAAUGACCAAAUCCUUAGCCACGAAGAAGCACCUACCGCCUCCCCUUGGACAACCUUGAGCUCUGCCUUAGGGAGCGUCUCAAAGGUUCUGCCUUUGCGAGGUUGUUCAGGAGGAGGUCUGUCAGUCCUUCCGACCUCGGUCUGCUCACGCCCCACCCUCUGCCCUGACUCAGGCUGCCUGUGCCGGCCAUCUCCCCCGUCUCCCCGGAGCUGUUCUGGCCUCCCGCCUGUGCCGGGCCUGUGCGCACAGCCUCUCCGCCGAGUGCUCUGUUGCUCUCGACCUGCCAGCAGUGGACGUGGCACUCCCUUGGAGAGGGCCUUGCAGCUUUACACUGGAAUGAGCCCACCUUUACCCCUACCCUGCUGACUCCCGGGAGAUUUUACCCAAGGGGGGAUGUUUUCAUUGCUGGAGGGCAUUGGAGGGCUCCUUCCAAGAAUCAUGGAACGACAGAAUCACAUUUAGGAAGAGCUUUAACUCUGAUCCCUGCUGUCUGUCAAAGGACAGAGAAUGAAAUAUUUAUUGUCUUAGAUCAUGGGUUUCUGAUACCUCCCACUCAAGGGGACCAAAAGGGACCCCGGCGUAAAUCCCACAUAAAGGGAGUUAAGUGUGCAUGUCUCCCCUCAUUGGACACCUGGCACCGAACCCCAUUGGUAGAUGGGCACUUGGUGUUGGGCCCUGCUUGUCCAGCCGCCUGUGCCACUUCCCAAGGGCUGCUGGGGGCUCUGGCUGGGUGGGGAGGCGCUGUCUGAGACCCGCAGGUCACCCUGUUGUUGGUGUUGAACCCACUCGGUUCUCAGCCAUCAGUCUCUCCAUUUCCCCAAGGUCUUGGUUUUAAGAAACAUAGCAGGCCUUUUGUACCAGGCUUUUUGGUUUGUUUGAGGCAUGUUAAAAUAUUAAUUUUGAGAUUUGUUUUUUAGUUGUAUCCACCCUAUUUCAGGUUAUUUUCAUUGAUGUCAGAUGUGUAUAUGACAUGUGUAUGGUUCUUUUUAACCCUUCCUGGUGUGUGUUUUUUUUUUAGAGGAAACUUUGAAGAUAAACUCCUUGAUAUAUAUAUAUAUAUAUAUAUAUAUAUAUAUACACACACAUAUAUAUAUAUAUAUUUUUUUUUCUUUAGCAACUUGUUAUCACUGGAAUCAAAGGGAAAAAGUGAUCUCUUUUUGCAUUGGUUGCAUUUGUAUGUCACAAAUAAAAGACACUUUGUUCAGCUGCUGGGACGGCUUCCUGCUGCUGGCGUGCCAUUGGUAGCGUGGGCUCAGACCAUCCCAGCGUUGGGCCUAAACCCUGGGGGGCACGUAGCUGUGACGCCUCAUGCCUCUUGCUGUGAAGGAAGCUUUGGGCUGAGAAAACCUCAGGGUGUCUGGGGCGAGGAGCCAGACGUGGGAACUGAGACUGAAUGCAUGUGUUUGUGCCACUUUCCAAAAGCCCUGGGUAGAGGUCAAAAGCCUUCUUCUGAGGGGCACCUGCUCGCUGCUGGAGAGAGUCCCAGGCCAGGCGUUGUGACAUUGGACAUAUGUGGGUAAAGGUAAAUUCCAGAACACUUGUGUGGGAGUCAAACAGACGAGAGUGUUGGUGUUUCUUUCCUCCCUUUUACUUAUUGGUUUCCUCAGGAUAUUCUGUGUCUCUUAAAAGGACUCCAGCCCCCUCUUCCCUCCACUCACGAAAGACGAAGGCUCAAAGGAAGGGUAACUCACGUCAGGCCUGACAAGGCAGGAAAGUUAUGAGCUGGGGGAGGCUCUGGCCCCUCGAGUGUGACAGAUGGAGCUGUGCACUCCUCUCCGAGGCCCAUGCCUGGCCCGGGGAGCCAGGCGCAGAGGGAGGAAGUGGGCCCGGAGCCAGCGCUCAGAGCGCUUCCUGUGGACACUGGAGGGGCCAGCCUCCUUGUGCUUCUGCUUGGUGGUCACAUCUGCCGGAAGGCGGAGAGGGCGGCCGGGAUGGAGACCCAAGCCCUACUGGGUCUUCGAGCUCUGGUGGGGCAGUGAUCCGGGGAGAGAGGAGCAGGGUUAACAGCUGUCUCUCUCAUGGGUGCCAGCAUGUUGUGGCCUCAGCCCCGUGGGUGGGGACACAGCCAGGGCAUGGUUUCUGCAGCUGCCUUACCUUGGAGGCGUGAAGAAAGGCCUCCCAGUCCUUGGGAAAGGAGACAGCAUUUCAAAUGCUGGCGAAUCAGAAUCAUUCAACCGACUUCUCGUGUGAGGGAAUUCUGCCCCCUCCCCACCCCGGAGCUCUUUGUUCCUUGAAGGCUGUCUUAAUCCCAGGCAGGAAUUCCUUGGAAUGACCAUCUCCUUGCCGCAGUGGCGGGCUCCCUCUUUGGUCCUCUGAGGUGGCUGUUCCCACCCCUCCCUCCACCUGCAGCUCAGACUUUGUCACUUAAGCGGCACUGGCUGGAGCGCCACCCCUUUGGUGGGCGGAUGGAACCAGAGGCACAGUUGCCGCACGCGAGGGCCUCAGUUUCGGUCAGAGCCUGAGGUGGUCUGAAAGGGACUGCGUUUCCCCAGUGUGCGAAACCUGGCCACCAGACGUUUUUGCCGCCAGGCUUUGAAAGUGGUCAGUUCAAACACAGCAGGUUUAUUCUCGUUUUUUCUGCUUUUCCCUCUCCAAGUGCAGCAGAGGUUUCUCUAGCGCCCGAGGUCAAGGGUCUGGGACUGUAGGGGAGGCGCUGCAGAGGCGGCUGGGAGACUGGACAGCCCCAUGCAGGCGUCUCGUUACUUGGCUGCGGCGAGGAAGGAAACUGGCAUUUGGUGAUUCCCUGCUCCGCCAGCGACCACUCACACUUGACCUUCAUGGUGCUGGGCGCCAGGGCCGGAUCUGCAUCCGCCUGCAGUGCCCCGGCACAUGGUCAUGCCCCCGGACAGGACGUUGUUGACAUCCAGGUCCUUGUGGAUGUCGAUGUCACCCUUCACGAUUGCAGUCGUGGGUUGUCUUGUUGGUCCUGGUGGGCUCCAUGCCUAGUCUUGAGGUCCUGUCUUCCCUCUCAGGGCCUGGCCAGUAGGGGCGCUUUCUCCUGAGAGAGGCCUGCCUUUUCUCCCAUGCAGGGGGCUGCCCAGAAAGACGGGGACUGGAGUUGAGAAGGUCAAUAUCAAGGAAUGUCUGCCCUGCGGGAGCAGAGACUCACCCACGGUGGAGGGCUGGAAGAGGGUCUUAGGACAGGGGUAGGGCCAGUGGUGAUGACCUGCCUUCUCCAAGGGAGGAGGAAGCAGCCACAGUCAUCUCAUGCUCAAAGUCCAGGGCCACAGACCCCAGCUUUCCCUCCAUGUCCCCUCAUGAUCUCCUGCCAGAGCCCUGGCUCCAAAGCCAGCAGCCCAGCUUAGCCCCCUCUGAGCCAGGCCCUCUGAAUCCCAUCCCUGCCCAGGGUGGGAGCGCAGCACCCGCGGGGGCCCCGCUGACACGUGUGCAUGCACACGGUCUCUGCAUUGCCUGGGUCCUACCUGUGCAGAAGUGGACGAGGUGAACAUGAAAGCCUGUCCUGGGGCUUUCGGGAUCCCUGCUCUAAGAAGAUGAACGUCUGCUACAGGCUGGCAGGGAAGGGCUGCCCUGUGCUCAGGGUAGGCCACCCCAAGGUUGGAGGGAGGAGGCCCUGAAGGAAAGGGACCAGGUGAGAAGGCUUGGAGCCGCCAGCAGAAUGGGAUUGGGGGGGUGCAGCCAUGAGCCAAGGUGUGAGAGCCGACCUGGAGGUGUCUGCAGCUGCCCGCGGGUGCCACCUGCCCUCCUCCACACAUCUGAGGGUGCUGCCACCCCCGGGGUCCAGCAUGAUGCGUGAGGGGUGCCUUACACAGGGGCUUCAGGUGGAGCUGGGGAGGGGGUGCCAGGAAGUGGCCUGUACUCCUGGGGCAACCCGUGUCCUGAAUGCUGGAUACAAGGAACAGGAGGGGCAGGGACGUGGCAGGAGGGGUGUGGGGAUCAGGGAUGGGGCUCUCAGGUGCAGGGCCUUAGGGCCCUCUGGGGGCCUGGCUGUGACAUGGGGUGUGGAGAGCAAUGAAAAGUUAUGGGGGCUCGCCCAGGGCUGGAGAUCACACGUCAGGAGUCCAGAGGUGGAGAGGGGGCCCAGGGUUUGGAGUAGUGAGUCCAGCCUGGGGGCCCGGAAGUCAGAGGGCUCUGGACACGGGGUUCCAGCACAGUAGGGGUGAGACUGGGGGCCUGGUCCUCGCUGGUGUGGCCAGAGGCACACAGCCUCAGCACUGGCUUGGAUGUCACCCAUGUGGCAGGAAGGUUCAGUGUCUUGAACGUGACCUGAGUGGUCCUCAUCUUGCUGUUGGCCUUCGAGUUGAGUGGGGCCUUGAUGAGCAGUGCCCAGUGCCCCUCCCAGGCCACACACAGCUUGUAGAAGCUGUGGUGCAGAUCUCCGUGUCGUCCUAGUUGGUGAUGAUGCCAUGCUCCGUGGGGUACUUGAGCAAAAGAAUGCUGCACUUGCUCUGGGCCUCUUGCCCACUUACGAGUCCUGGUCCAAGCCCAUCGUGACGCCCUGGGGAGCUGGGGAAGGAGACCUUGGGUGUGCUUGGGGGGGUCACCCAUCCCAGCAGCCCUCCCCUUCUGUGGGUCUCCAGUUUACCCAUCUGUACUGUGGAGUAGGGGCAGUGGCAGGCAGACUUGGAGACCUGAGUGCCGUGACUGCACAGGUGUGGGGGACCUUCACCAAGCCAGCACCAUAGUCACACCCGAGCUGGCUCGUCACACUUGGCCGCUGGCUGUGGGCUGCAGGCAGAAGGGGGUCAACUACCACCUGGCUCCAGGCGGGCACCCCCCACCCCAGCCCACAGCCUCCUUGUGCCUUGACAGCUGCACCUUUCCAGCCAGCUGCGGGAUGCCUAGGCCAGGACAGCUGAGUCCCCCCUGGGGAGGGCAGCACCCUGGCCCUGCCCCCUGCCCUCACCCUCCCAUGUUGCUCCGCCCCCGACAGCUGUGUCCUGGCCUGCCCUGGAUGUCUGGCUCCUGGUGACAGCUGUGCCCCAGGAAGAGCAGAUGGGCCCCUGCUCCGUUCGUGUUCCACCCCCGCCCUGGGGGCUCUUUGCUCCUUGUUGAGGACAACCCAGACCAGGGCCGGCUCUUCCUAACCCUUUCUCCCCUUUUUUGCGUGAAAGCCCCCAUUUUUAAUUUCUCUGUGCGACCCCUAGCAGUUAUAGAACUACUAUUGUGACUGGCAGUAACAGAGGUACUACUUUGAUAGGAAUAGCAAGGGGAGCAGUUUCACAGCUGCGUGUGAAAGCAACAUUUAUGUCACACUUUAUAACAAGUGUGAGUUACAUUUAAUUGAUGUAGUGGAAGGAGCAUGGACUUUGGGGUUCAGACCUGGAUUUGAAUCUUGGAGGACUCAUUCAACAGGUAUGAACUGCGUACCUGCUAUUUGCUGAGCACUGGGUAUACGUCGGCAAAUAAAGCAGAUGUGACCUUCCUCUACCUCGUGGAGUGUACAGUCUGGUGGGAGUGGAGGGAGAGGGUGGCCAGAAGACCUCUUUGAGAAUCCUGUUCACGGGCUCUGUGACCCUGAAAGUUAUCUAAUCUCUCUGGGCCUGUUUCCUCAUCAAAGAAGUAGGCAGGCAUUCCUUGCUGAGUUAUUGCAAAGAUUAAAAUAAAUCCCCUCCCUCUUCUUGAACCCUCCUCUUUGGACACUGGGCUCUUCCUGAGGCUCUACAAGGGCAUCCUGCUGUUACCCCCGCCGUAGGGAGACAGUCCCCACCGGCCUAUAGAGAGGCAGCUGUUGCCCUCAGAGGCCUGGGAGGGGUCUCUUCACACUAUAGCCCUGGGGCUCUGUGCCCAGCACUCACUUGACGUGCCAGGAGGGGAGUUCAGGCCAGUGGGGAGACUGGAGACCCCUAGCUCAGGUUCAGACCAGCUCUGUGUCAGAUGCUCUGUGAGGUAGCAAACUCCAGAAGGUGUGUGUGUUUGGGGUGGGGGGUCAGGUCUGACCCCCUCCCUAGGUCUCACAGCUCCAUAUUUGGAGAGACCAAUGGUUGAGCCAGAGCCUUUAAUGGACGGGGACCAAGCCAGGGGUGGGGUCACCCGGUGUUUCUCUAACCCAUGUAUGGCCAGUAGGUUCUGGGGGUCAGCCCUGGGAUGGGGCACCUGGGAUCUUCCCAGUCCAUAUAUGACCAUCAGGGACUGGGGACCUGGAUUGUGACAUGGGUCUCAGGAGUAAGGACCAGCUCCUCCACCCAUCCCCAAGGCUUGGGAUCUAUUCCUACUGCUCCAUUCAGGGAAGGGGGUGGGGUGGGGGGACAGCUUGGGCCCUUGGAUCAGAGCCAGGACCCAGGCUGGGAUCUCUAGGCCUCAUCAUGACGCAGGAGAGACUCCCAGCAAUACGAGUGUAGUGGGCAGUCCUGGGGUAGGAGAAUGAGGUCCCCAUCCUUGCAGACAGCACAGCAGUUGCCAGGGUGUUAGAAGAAAUCCCUGCCUCCCAGAGAGUGUGUCACCCACAGGGCAAACUUCCCUCCCUGCAACAGUGAGCCCCCUUCUCCAUGCUUGCCUUUUUUUUUUUUUAAUAAAUUUAUUUAUUGUAUUUGUU